AUGGAAGGUGGAGAGUUUCCUACUACACCCAUAAAACAGAUGCCCGCUCAGGAGGGGCAUAUGCUUUCUCUGGUGAAUUCCCCUCCGAUCUUAGAGGAGCAGACUUUGGAUACACAUUCCAACAACAUUUCCUUAGGUGAUGGCACCGAAGAUAUUCCCUCGCAUUUAAGAACUCACCCACAUGGUUUGUCUAGCAAGAAAAGAAGUUACUCAUCUCGUGACCGUGAGUUUGCAAGUAGCGCGGGUGUCCAAGAGCAUCUUGUGUUCAAUGACUCUGAUCGCCCUAUAGAAGUCGGAAGAAAUACCGUUGUUGUAAACGAACACGGUAAUAGUAACUCUUCUUCACCAGAUAACAUCCUCUCGGGAACUAAUAAUAACUUGGAGCAGGCGAACGUGAAUAUGCUGUAUUCCAAACGGUCUCCUACAAAAAUGAUAAUUAACUCUUCUGAACCGGCGGAAUUUAAGACCUCUCCUGACAAGAAAAUAAAACUGGAGAAGACGCCGCGCUUGAACCAGAGUGAUGGUGAAAAUGGAGCUAAUAACAUUGAAUCCCCAAAGAUAAUCGAAAUGCUGGACCCGGAAAGCAGCGCGCCUCCACCCAAAAUUAAGAGAGAAGAGACGAACGAGGAAGAGGAAAAAGAUGAUUUUGCAAAUGGAAAAGAACACGAAGACUCUGGAAAAUUGACACCAAUAUCCCAUUACGAUUCAAUUGAUUUUGAAAUGACCGCUGACACGACCAUGGGCAUAGAUACGGUUGGUAAAAGAAAUGAACAAUUAACGGACGAACUGUACCAUCUAAAUCAAAAAAUGAACUCAACUAUUCUCCACAACGAUAAACUAAAGAUGGAGGUUAAGCAGCUUAUAUCAAAGGUGGAUUCCUUGGUCAAAGAAAAAAAUAAACUAAGCACUGACGCUGAGGGGGCCACAAAAUUAAGGGAUGAGAAUGAAUCACUGAAGACAUCCAUUGGGGAGCUAAAGACGGAAUUGUCAAUGUUAGAUUCCAAUCAAACGCUUCUACAGGAAAAAUACGAUCAGAUAUACUCUGAAUACGAAAAAUCACAGUCGACUACCGAUUUCAUGAAAAAGGAAAUCGAAUCUUUACAGAAGAGUUUAGAGGAUAGCGCUAACAUUUUGGAGGAACUGAGUGAACAUAGCAAGGAGUUGGAAAGCAAACUUUCAACUGUAGAGCAGGAGAAGAAAAACAUGGAAGAGGAAAAGUUGAAGCUGCUCAAGGAAAAUAAGCAUGUUAUGAACCAAUUAUCUGGUAAAGACAACGAAAUAGUAAGCUUAGAGGGCAAAAUAAAAGAUCUGGUAAACAGUGAAAGAAACCACUCAAAGAGCCUGAUUGAUCAAAUAGCAGUGUUAACCAACGAGAAGAUGUCUUUGGAAGAACAGGUGAAAAAGUCGGAAAACCAGUUCCAGUCGGAGAUAUCUGAACUACAAGACACGCUCAAGGAAAAAGAAUCCGAGCUUUUGGAUACUACACGUGCCUUGAAUGAUGCGAAAGAGGAUAAUACUAAGUUAAUUAACGAAAUGAUGGACAGAACAAAAGAAGUGCAAUCUCUGAAAAAAACUUACGAAGAGGCAAAUGAUCACGCCAGUGUUCGCACCGCAGAAGUCACAGAACUAAACAAUCAAAUUGAGACAUUAAAGGAGUCUCAAAGACACUUAGAGACUACAAUUGAUUUGCUACAGGAAAAAAUAGGAACAUGGAAAUCGAAAUACGAGGAUCAGAUUGAAAAGGAGAGGGAACUUAACCUGGAAAUAGAAACCUUAAAUGCUCGGGUAAAAGAUGAAGAACAUUCAUCAACCGGCGAUGCCCCCAACUCAGCUGAAUUGCAUCAAAUGAGGAAAGAAAAGGAAGAACUACAAAAGAAACUUUCUGAUAGUGUCAAAAGGAUCGAAUUAAUGACAGCUGAAACUUCCAAAACUUCGCCAAAUGAAGAUUCAGACGAAAGCAAACAAAUGAUUGCUAGUUUAAAAGCCCAAUUUUCCGCAUUGAAGCGUAGAUCGGAGUCCAGAGAAGUUGAAUUCAAUAAAAAGUUGAAAAAACUGUCAGAGGAUCUUUACGUUCAAUACUCAUCCAAGCACGAACAGAAGGUAAAACUGUUGAAACAGACGUACGAAAACAAAUAUAAGGGUGAGAUUGAAAAACUUAAGAAUGAAAAUAAUGGCCUGACUCAAGAAAUGGAACAGAUCAACAGCAAACUCACUUUGGAACGAGCCGAAAAACAAGAGUUGUUGAGAGUGCUAGACCAAAGCGGGAAAUAA